AUGGUGGCUGUCUGUGGGCCCGGAGCGCCGUUUGCGGCCCGCGCUGAACGCAAGCCGUGCCCCCCCCCGCCGCCCGCUCCGCCGCCCGCCUCGCCCCGCGCCGCCUUCAACUUCAUCGCCGACGUGGUGGAGAAAACGGCACCCGCGCUGGUCUACGUGGAGAUCGUGGGCAGGCACCCCUUUCUGGGCCGGGACGUGCCCAUCUCCAACGGCUCGGGGUUCCUGGUGUCCCCGGACGGGCUCAUCGUCACCAACGCACACGUGGUGGCCAACCGGCGGCGCGUGCGGGUGAAGCUGGCGAGCGGCGAGCAGUACGACGCCGUGGUGCAGGACGUGGACCAGGUGGCCGACAUCGCCACCAUCAAGAUCAAGCCCAAGCACCCGCUGCCCACGCUGCCGCUGGCGCUCGCCGAGGUGCGCAAGGGCGAGUCGUGGUGGCCAUGGGGCAGCCCCUUCGCGCUGCAGAACACCAUCACCUCGGGCAUCGUGAGCUCGGCGCAGCGCGGCAGCCGCGAGCUGGGCCUGGCCGCCUCCGACAUGGAGUACAUCCAGACCGACGCCGCCAUCGAUUUUGGGAACUCCGGGGGCCCCCUCGUCAACCUGGAUGGCGAGGUGAUUGGGGUGAACACCAUGAAGGUGACAUCGGGCAUCUCCUUUGCCAUCCCCUCCGACCGGCUCCGGAAGUUCCUGCAAAGGGAGGAGCAGCGCAAGAGCUCUUGGUUUGGCAAUGCAGAGACGAAGCGCCGGUACAUCGGGGUGAUGAUGCUGACCCUCACUCCCAGCAUCCUGGCGGAGCUGAAGCUGCGUGACCCCAGCUUCCCCGACGUGUCCUACGGUGUGCUGAUCCACAAGGUGAUCAUCGGCUCCCCGGCCCAUCAGGCUGGGCUGAAGGCCGGUGACGUGGUGCUGGAGAUCAAUGGGGCGGCGUCGCGGCGCGCCGAGGACGUGUACGAGGCGGUGCGGACGCAGCAGAACCUGGCCAUGCUGGUGCGCCGUGGCCACGACACGCUGCUGCUGAGCGUCGUGCCUGAGGCGACGGAAUAGCGGGGACCGCCCGGGGCUGAGAGCAGGACUGAGCUGUGUCUGUGCCAGCAGAUCGGAAGAGCACA